AUGAUAUUGUGCAGAUGCAUAGUGAAAAUUUUAUUUUUUGUGUACAUAGUAAUAAUAAAUAUACAAGUAAUAGAAAGCAUAGACGUUUGUAAAGGUGCAGAUAUAACGUUAAUAAAAUUUUGGGACAAAUUGAAUAACAUUAAACAUGGAGAUAUUUUGUUCAUAAAUAUUAAGAAUUAUUAUUGCCCUGCUUGUAGUAGGUAUGUAGAUAUAUGGAAAAUGGUAGAAAGUGAUGUUUUAAAUUUUGAAAAAAAAGUAACUAUGUUUGUUUUUGAUUGUUCUUGUCAUUUAUUCAUUUCAUAUUGUAGAUUUUUUGAAGUUUAUUAUUUUCCAACAUUUCGGUUGUUGUUUCCUGUUUAUGAUAAAAUAGAAAAUAAUAAUGAAUAUAAAUAUAUUUAUCCAUCUGAAUCUAUAAUAUCUACUCGUUAUAAAGGGGAUUUAAUAUUAGCAUAUAGAGAAGUAGAAAGGGUUAAUAAUAUUAUUGAAUUUCAACAAUUAAUGCAAACACAUUUAUGUAAAAAUGUAAAUUUUAAUAAUGUCGAUUUGAAAUCGUGUUAUUCGGAUUUGUCUGAAAUAGGUACUCAAGAUGCACAUCCUAUUUUUUCUGGAAAUAGUGAUGAUAUUACUGAUGCCACAAAAGAACGGUUAGCAGUAGAUAGAUGGAAAAUGAAUAAUAAUAAUAAAAAAGAUAUGAAACAUGAUAUAAUAAAAGGUUUAUUAUUUACCCUUAAGAAACAUAUUUCCAUGGGUUCUGAUAUAAACAGAGAAACAGUAGAACCCUAUCUUGUAAUGCUGGAAAUUGUUUCAAAUGUGUAUACAGAUUUAAAACAAAGUUUAAAUGAAAUUUCCAAAAAACUAAAGAAUUUUAAUUACCCUAUGAACUAUGAAGACUGGUCAAAUGCAAUUCAUAAAAGUGAAGACAUAAAAAUUGAUAUCUACAAAAUGUAUAAUGAUAAAGAUAGUGAUCAUAAUAAUGAUAGUGACGGUGAUAUGGAUAAACACAGCCUCAAUUUUAAGAUAUGCGAAGAAAAUUCUGUUCUUUGUACCUACUGGUUACUAUAUCAUAAAAUUUCGAUUCACUGCCUACUACAUGAUAAGGAAAAAUAUAAUUAUUAUUUAGAAGCAAUUACAAAUUAUACAAAAAGCUAUUUAAAUUGUGAAAACUGUAUCCAACAUUUUCUAAAUGCUCAAAAGUCAUGUUAUUACGGUUUUUGUAAUAUUCAUUCUGCAGAAUCUGUUGUUAUAUUUCUCUGGAGAAUUCAUAAUUCAGUUACUUUAAGAUCUAUGUAUGAACAUAUCAUUCUAGAUGCUCGCUUCGAACGUACCAAUAAUUCAAACAAACAAAAAUAUGUAAAUAAAGAUAUUGCAUUUCCCUCAGAAAGGCAAUGUAAAUAUUGUAGAAGCGGUAUUGGCUUCACCAGAAUUACCUCUGAUCUUAUAAAUAAACUAUUAAAGCAAAAAUCCUUUAGUGACCAAGAUUUUGACGCAAUUGAUGCUUUUCAUAUUAAGCACGUAUUGAGUUAUUUGGUUAGAAUAUACUCCUAG